UAACAGCGGCCUACACGCAACAAGAGAGAAGCUUCCUCUUCCUGGCCAACUCCUCCUCCGGCCUCCACAUCGCGCAGUGUCUUUAGUUAGUUCUCUACUAUUAGUGCGGAUGAAGGCAAACAUGGUGGGUUUGCCAGAGACCGAUGAUAUCCUAUCGGACGCCUGGGACUACAAGGGGCGCCCCGCCGUCCGCUCCCGGACCGGCGGCUGGAGCGGUGCUGCCAUGAUCCUAGUGGUGGAGCUGAACGAGAGGUUGACGACGCUCGGCAUCGCGGUUAACCUGGUGACGUACUUGACGGGCACCAUGCACCUGGGCAAUGCCGCCUCCGCCAACACCGUCACCAACUUCAUGGGCACCUCCUUCAUGCUCUGCCUCCUCGGUGGCUUCGUCGCCGACACCUUCCUCGGCCGCUACCUCACCAUCGCCAUCUUCGCGGCUGUGCAAGCUUCCGGAGUGUCCAUCCUGACCAUCUCGACCGCCGUGCCGGGGCUGCGGCCGCCUGCAUGCGCCGACCCGGCGUCCGGAGGCUGCGUCAAGGCCUCCGGGGCGCAGCUGGGGGUGCUCUACCUGGCGCUGUACCUGACGGCGCUCGGCACAGGGGGGCUCAAGUCGAGCGUGUCCGGUUUCGGGUCGGACCAGUUCGACGAGACCGACCGCGGGGAGAAGGCGCAGAUGAUGAAGUUCUUCAACUGGUUCUUCUUCUUCAUCAGCCUGGGCUCGCUGCUCGCCGUGACGGUGCUGGUGUACAUCCAGGACAACCUGGGGCGGCAGUGGGGGUACGGGGUGUGCGCCACGGCCAUCGCCCUCGGCCUGGUGGUCUUCCUCUCCGGGACGCGGAGGUACAGGUUCAAGAAGCUGGUGGGGAGCCCUCUGACACAGAUCGCGGCGGUGGUGGCGGCGGCGUGGAGGAAGCGAGGCCUCGAGCUGCCGUCGGACCCUUCGCUGCUGCAUGACAUCGACGAGAAGCAGGCGGACGCGGACGCGGAGAAGGGAUCGAAGAGGAGCAAGGCAAAGCAAAGGGUGCCUCACACCAAGCAGUUCCGUUUCUUGGACAGGGCUGCGAUCGACGUCGACCCGGGCGCGAAGCAGGGGAAACGGCGGCUCCCAACGUUGACCGAUGUGGAGGAGGUCAAAAUCGUGAUCCGGAUGCUGCCCAUAUGGGCCACCACCAUCAUGUUCUGGACGGUGUACGCCCAGAUGACCACCUUCUCGGUGUCGCAGGCCACCACCAUGGACCGCCGCAUCGGCCCCUCCUUCCGCAUCCCACCCGGCUCACUCACCGUCUUCUUCGUCGGCUCCAUCCUCCUCACCGUGCCCGUCUACGACCGCGUCGUCGUCCCCGUCUCCCGCCGCCUCACCGGCAACCCCCACGGCCUCACCCCGCUCCAGCGCAUCGGCGCCGGCCUCGUGCUCUCCAUCCUGGCCAUGUCCGCCGCCGCCCUCACCGAGAUCAAGCGCCUCGGGGUGGCCCGCUCCACCCCGGCCGCCCUCGAGAACGGCGCCACCGUGCCCAUGAGUGUCUUCUGGCUGAUCCCGCAGUUCUUCCUGGUGGGCGCCGGCGAGGCCUUCACCUACAUCGGCCAGCUGGACUUCUUCCUCCGGGAGUGCCCCAAGGGGAUGAAGACCAUGAGCACGGGGCUGUUCCUGAGCACCCUGUCGCUGGGAUUCUUCGUCAGCUCCGCCCUGGUGACGGUGGUGCACAAGGUCACGGGGGAGAGCGGCCACGGCGCGUGGCUGGCGGACAACCUCAACCGCGGCAAGCUCUACAACUUCUACUGGCUUCUGGCGGUGCUGUGCCUUGUGAACCUGGUGGCCUACCUGGUGGUGGCCAGGUGGUACGCGUACAAGGAGCAGCGCGCGGCGGUGGACGACGACAGCAAUACCGGGGUAGAACUGACGGAGGAAGCGGCGUGUUGCCAUGCAUGACGACACGACGAAACUGCAGGUCUCGUGUUGCAGAUCAUCCAAUGCCGCUCGCCCUUGUUGUUAUUGUAGUCAAGUCAAUAUAAGUAAUGAAUGAUACUAAUCGAUGCA